AUGUCCACAAUACACAUUCCCCUCUCCCAAUCUACGGUCCAAGUCUCCAUAAUCGACACCACCCUCGACGCCAAUCUCCCAACAGCCCCCUUUAUGGGUCCUCCUAUCGCCGGCUUCGACCGGUUUCAGCUCAUCGACUAUGCAUUCCUGAUAACACACAAAGACCCCACAACAGGCCGAGAGCGCAGAAUCAUGUUUGACCUCGGUAGUCCAAAGGAUCCGGACAAGGACUUUCCUCCAACCACUAACAAGGUCAUUAAAAGUUUUGGGGGAUAUGUGAAAAUCGACAAGAAUGUCUCCGAGAUAUUAACUGAGCAUGGCGUUGAGUUGGGGAGUAUCGAGGCUGUUGUUUGGAGCCACGCACACUUUGAUCAUGUUGGCCGCCCCUCGCUCUUUCCCUACUCAACAUCCCUCCUCGUUGGACCGGGGGUCAAAAGAUCAUAUUUCCCAGGUUACCCAGUAAACGCAGCAUCCCCCAUCUUGUCUCGCGAAUUCUCAAACCGCGACGUCCAAGAAUUAGACUUCAAUGCCUCCGACCUUGAAAUCGGCUCCUUAAAGGCCAUAGAUUACUUUAAAGAUGGGAGCUUCUAUCUCCUUUCUGCGCCGGGACAUGCAGUAGGGCAUAUAAAUGCGCUAGCGCGCACAACUGAAGAUAGCUUUAUCUAUCUCGCAGGAGAUUCAUUCCAUCAUGCUUCUGAGCUACGGCCGCACGGGGGUGUUGGUGCCUCUCUUUCAGAUUCUUUAUCUCUAAAAUUACCUUCUCUUAGCUGUCCCUGUUCCGGAUCGAGGUUUCAUUUGAUUCACCCGCUCAACGAGCGUUCAAGGAUCCCGGAGCACUACCGUGGGUACUAUGAUCAAGUACCCAAUGAUCCUGACAGAGUGCCUUUCCAUACGCUAUCUGAGACUGAGUCUGGGGAGACAAUGGCUGUGGAUCUGCGUGCAGCAAGGGGUACUGUUGAAGCUAUUCAGAGGUUUGAUUCGGAUCCAAGGGUCUUUGUUAUUGCGGCGCACGAUACGUCUUUGCGUGGUGUUCUAGAGUAUUUCCCAAAGACUGCUAAUGAAUGGAGGGAGAAUGGGUGGAAGGAAGAAGGGUAUUGGUUAUUUUUGAAGGAGUUUGGUAAGGCUGUCGAGGUGGCUGAGGAAACACAAUAG